UACCCUCUGCUACUUAAUCCUAGGCAUUAAUAAUAGCCAAUCAGGGACAGGCCUUGGUACAGAGACACCCGUCACCCCCACUGGCCUUGUUUGUCCUGUGAAUUUAGAGACCUGCGAAUACAAAAUGGAUUCUAGCGGAACAAUCGCAGCAGAGAACAGAAGCGAAUGGCCUGGAUAUACGACUUAGAGCAGAAUAUUUACCAAUAAAUCAAUGGGGAUGUUUACUUUAUACUGGAAAGUUGCUUAGAAAUAUAUUGUCUUUUAUUCUAAAUAAAAUGUUCCUUUUUUCUAUCAACAAUUGGGCGCAAUUCCCCGUGAAAGCUAAAUUCUUGUAUAACAGUAAUAUUAUAAUCUGUCUGUAGGCAAAGUUGGACGAAAGAAAACUGGUAGAACUACAACUCUCAGUAUAUGGGGGGGGACAAGUUCCAGUACAAAUUACAAUUAAUGAAGAGUAAUAAGCGGCAGCAGCAGCAGCAGGAGGAUAACUAUGUACAACGUGCCCCAUCCCAGCGGAGCGUGACGGUGUUUAUUCAGCAUUCCCCACGGACACAGGCAGCUCCAUUCUGGUUGGACCCGGUCGCGGCGAGGCGGCAGGGAAAGGGUUACACGCACACGGAACUUUCCGAUAGUUUUUCAUCCAGGUGAGGUCACGUGACCGCUCAAGUGUCUGACUCACCUCCCGCCUCUCACUCACAGGUGCUGCUGCUGCUGCUGCGGGUUGCGCGAGGAUUGCGACGGACGCCGGGACGGGACAUUCUCGUGAAAGGCUUGUGAGGAGCAUGGAGCUGAGCAGAUGAAGUAUCAUGAUAGCCCAAUUGCACAAGAGUGGUGUUAAGAUUUUCCAAAUAUUAAAGCUAAAGUAAAAACGCAACCAGGGGCAGGAUUGGAAUGUAUAAAGCAUGUCCCCCCCCCCCUGUGCUGAUAUUUAAUGGAAUAGCUUCCAGGUAUUAAGCGACACAAUCCAGAUGGGGUGCAAUUGCUGUAGGCUGUGUCACAGUUAUACAGUUGAGACAGAUACAGUACAAGGAAAUGGAUAUGUGAAUGAAGCACUCAGCUGCCCUCCCAGUGAGAGCGACUGGUCCAAGACCGAGACCAUAACCAUUACUGAUCUUCUCAAUGAAGAGCAGAAAAAACUAGAACGUGACAAACUCCGUGGUUCGCAGGAUCCACAUGCUGGAGAGGAAAAGAACAAUGAGAAAAACUAUGAGAUUGACCCUCCCACAUAUAUCUUGGACUUGAACUCCAAUGGUGAAAUCCCAGAGAAUAACUACCAUUCCCCAACCACAGACUCUCAGGACAAUGGUAUAAAACGGGUCUCAGAAGAGCCUGAAUGUAUUCAACAUGAACUCAUCAGUUCCACGCAAAAGACCAGUUCCCUAACAGAAAGUGCUAUCUUAGAUGUGCUAAACGAUGACUUAUUGUUGAAGCACAGCGAUCAUAAUUCGGAUUCUCUGGGCAAUGAUCAAAAACAUGCACCGAAAUCUGAUGAGCCUCAGAGUGAGCACAAAUCAAGCACUGUGUUGAAAGGUGAGGAACAAAUUGUGAAUGAUAAAAGUUCUUUGGUGGCCCUCAUGCUUGCUAGAAAUUCACUCAGAGGACCACUCAGCGGGCCCAGUGUGGGACCACAAAAUGACGACGUGGAUCCAGAUGUUGCAGAGGCUUUGGCUGCCUUAGCAGCUGCUCUGGCUGGAGAAGACAGUUAAUUGUGGAAUUCAUUUGUUACAUUUGUGUUCAUCUUUCGAGAUUUGAAACUUGUGAUGUCAUUUUGAUCUCAAGGGACGAGACUAAAAAUUUGCAGACAUUUUGUACAAGAUUGACUUCGGGUCAACUGUGGCCAAACCCAGGAAACUGCAGAUAUAUAUAUUUGUAUAUAAAGAGAGAGAGAAAGCACGAUCAUGAAUGCUACGAAUGUGAAUGGUUUUAUUAUCUGGAUUUGUAGGCAAAAGUGUUACAUUUAUACCAUGAAAUUGGUGAUCACCUUUGGUCGACCUGCUGCGUGUAAAUUUGUGUGUAAUACAUUGAGAUCAUGGUGCAUGAGGGCCAGAAACGAAAUUGUAAAGCAGAAUUCAAGAGCCUGCUAGAGACCAACCGCACUACAUCUCUACUUCUAUUCAUCUCUUCACCCACGUGAGGUCCAUUAUCCUCCCAACUGCCAUUAUACCAACGCUGGAUCAGUCAUUUCAACACUAGUUCUUGCUUAAAUACAGGUCUUAUAUUAUAAAUAUAGCACCCUGAUUUCAAAUGAUUGUUUAGAGAACCUAUUUACCAUAUAAUCCUAUUAAUGAAGGCACAAGACUCCUGGCUGCCCUGUUAUGAAUACACGGGUCAGGAUUCAUUUAUAGAGGCCAAAGAGAAAUGGUCGGCCAUAUUUUUUACAAAACUUUAGUAAAUUCAAGGGCAAAUCGAUCACUUUAUGAAUACCGACAUAAAAAGUUCCAGCUCUACUACGGAACAAUCACAAGGUACUGAGAGUGGAACUGAACCCUCACUGCCUCCACUUUAUUUUAUGUAUAUUUAUAUAUGGUUAAUAUUCUAUUUAACCUAAUUUACCAGAUUAUUUCUAGGUUGAUUAUUUUUUUUUAAUUUAAAUAAACAACACCUUCAAAAGGU